AUGGAUCAUCUCCCAAAGCCACUGCAACAUCUAAACCCUGAGCUGGUCUUCCCCUGUCGAUGUGACCCCAAUGCCGUUGAUGAUGGUCCCUUGGAGACUUAUCCAGAGCGGCGCGGAUAUCGUCUCAAUCUGUUUGCCGACCUCAAUUUUGCGAACAUCCUAGCUUUGCACGAUGGCUCACGACCAGGUGUGGAACAGGCCACGACUUUGUUGCAGGAAUGGCUGUUCUUUGGUCUUCUGCAGGCUGCGCACUUCAUCUACGGGGAGGACUUCGACGGCAACGAUUACGUCCAAGGUUCGGGCGAGAGCAUGGUCUUGACACUUGAAAGACUUCCGCAGCAUGCUGAUCGCUGGCUCAAGUUAGAAGCCGACAGAGAAAAGACCGUCCGGAAACAACACUUUCAUGAUAUGGAAGCGCAUAUUAUGCGCGCCCUCAUGUUCCUCACGAAUAACUUCACCCCGUUCAAUAAUGGGGGCCUCGAUUCUACCGGUAGUCCUCGAGUCGUUCCAGAGCAGUCCAAGAUUGUGGUUGAACCAAACCUGGAGAUUCUGCUCAUGGUACUUACGGAAGCCCUGGAAUGCAUUGCCCAAACAAUCCAAUUUCGCGAACGGAGGUAUGUCCGGUCUGAACAGACCCCUGACUUCGUCUGUUUCUCGACACGCCGCCUGAUGGAUAGACUCCACUGGUGUCCUAGCGAGUUGAACCUUAUCGAUCUCGUUUUCGACCACGGUUCUUUUUACUUUGCCAGCCGGCUGGCAAGGAACGCUGCUCAAUCCCGGCAUUCACAAUGCACCAUGAACAAGUGUCUGGCGUUUCAAAUGAAUGUUUCCACUUACAGCACAGUACAUAUUACAGAUUGUGAGGGCUGUAAUGAUCUGAUCGUCGACCAGACUGAACUAUCAGCCAUCCUGGAAAGGAGUGACGAUGAUUCCGCUUAUCCUCGCGUCAGGGUUACGAUCACUGAUGCUGACAAUGUCGAGCUGUCUUUCACAGAUCAAGGCGAGUAUGUGGCCGUGUCCCAUGUCUGGUCCGACGGCCUCGGACAUCCGCCAGGAAUCAACUCUCUGCCUGAAUGUCAAGUCCGACGACUCCGAUCUCUCAUCCACCAAACAGGAAUGAAGGAAGCCAAUAUCUGGAUCGAUUCGCUCUGUGUUCCAGCGCACAUUGGUCUCGCAAAGCGGAAUGCACUUGCCCGAAUGGCUUCUGUCUAUCGAGGAGCAAGAGCUGUAUUAGUCCUCGAUUCAGACCUCCUCUCCAUCCCAUCUUAUUGCUCCAACGAGGAGCUGCUCCUUCGCGUUGCGCUUUGCACGUGGAUGCGACGUCUCUGGACGCUGGAGGAGGGCGUCGUCGCCCGCUCCAAGCUGCUGUUCCAGUUCUCCGAUCGCUCGAUUGCACUACCUCCACCUCGCCCUGCCAUCAGCGACAGUAUUGCUUUCCACUGUGCAGCGUUGAUCGAGCAAUACCUGCCUGAGGACACGAGUAUAUUAUCAGUCAUCACGGCUCUUCACUUCCGCUCCACAUCGUGGAGUUCCGACGAGCCUCUCUGCAUCGGCUACAUCUUAGAUCUUGAUGUGUCGUCAAUUGUCGCCCUCCACGACGACCCUCGCUUGCGCAUGGCGGAGCUGUAUCGCCUUCUAGCCAAGAAAACCCCCACUUUCCCUUACCAAUUUUUGUUCACCCAUGAAGAAAAACUGGACAUUCCUCCUUUCAGCUGGGCUCCCGUUUCGUUGAUGAAUUUAGAUCCCAAAGACGUGCUAUAUCUCCAGGGAACAGGCCCCGAAAGUGGUAUUGACGCCACUCAAACCGAUCGCGGCCUACAGUUUCAAUCGACAUAUCCGUCUUGUCUGGUCAGUUUCGGUGAGGAAGCCGCUAUCAAGAAAUGUAUGAUCAUCCAAAUUGACGCGGUGUCAUAUGUGCUCUGCCCUGUCCCCAAGGGCGGCAAAUGCCGAACCCACGCAAGAUUCUGGGAGGGUUCUGAGAAACAACUGCGCCUCGACGUCGACCCAGAUCAAGCUUGGACCGAGCGGUGGAGAGCCAACUAUGAUGGCUUUCGUCCUCCCGGGGAAUGGGGUCUGAUAUACUCCAAGAGUGCACAGUACGGCGUGAUGGUGGCGACGACCGAGUUCGCAGACAAGGGCAAGACAAUCUACACGGAACUGGUCGGUCAAGUAUACAUGUAUGAGAUCCGCACUUUGCACGCCUCCGUGGUAGCUGGCGUGAACAAAGAAAUGUGGGGCCAGCUGGGCAUUCCCGACAUGGACGAACAGAGCGUGCGGGCUGAACAGGAAAAGGCCGAACGUGAACUCCUUGCUGAAGGACAUUAUACCCCGGUCAACUGUGACUGGAGGUUGAACGAGACCAUUACUUGGUGCGUUGGGUGA